AGUAGCUGCAGCCUAUGGAAGCUCAAGCAUGGUUGCUUCCGGGUGGAACCUUCCGUCCGUCGACGGUUUAACCUGGUUCAAAAAGCGGGCCAGAGGAACGACCACUAAUUAUUUGGCGCACCGGAGGAGACUCCGCGUUCCGAGAUAAGGCGGCCUGCGAAAAAGGUUCGUCGUCGUCGCAGUGCCCCUUGCGGGACCCGCAUGCCUUCCAGCCCAUCCUGACCGUCCGUUUCCUGUGCUCGUUUUGGGAGGAUUCAAGCGUGGAAAAUAUGAUGGAUCGACAACUCUGACAGCGCUGACGAGGACAGAGAGCGAAGAACAGAAAACCCGAGGCCACCAACGGCCUCGCCUUCUCCCUCGUGAUAGAUUGAUAAAUAGACUCUUCCCAGAGCUCCGCCGCCGCCGUCGCCGUCGCAUCGUCUCCGUGGAACCGGAAAUGGGCGCUCCUGUCACGGUAUCAUACCAGCCCACAUAGCUUGCACCCCAUCGAUUCCUUGAGCUGUCGGUGCACGCAAAAGGUGGUAAUGGAGAGAGAGGCAGGAGAAAAGGAGGAGAAGGUCCACGUAGGAGACGCGGAAGCUAAACCAGAUGGGGAUCACAAGAAAGAAGUCGACGGAGGAGGAAAAGGAGCAGGGGCGGUCGUGGUGGCGGUCGAUGCAGCUCAGAGCGAGACGAGGGCCUCCAGGUUGCAGACCCAGCAUCCGGUAUCCAUCCAGGUCGUGCCCCGUGGCGCCGCCACUCCGGCCACCCCCGCCGACGCCUACCAACCCACACUGACCCCGUCGCAGGUGGGUUUGGCGUCGCUGAAUUCCAGAGCGUACACCAAUAGGAUAUCCCUCCUCCUCUUCGUCCUCCACCUGCUGGUGGCCGCCGCCGCCGUAUGCUUCUUCUGCUUCAAGGGCGUCGAAGGAGUCCUCGAUUUCAACUCGGAAAAGGCUCGGAAGGAGCGCCACGUGCUCAAGUUCUGGCUCCCGCCCAUCGAGGGCGCCUCCGUCCUCAGCAUCAUCCUCGCCUUCGCGUGGCAGAAGGCCAUCCGGUCAUGGCCCUCCGUGAUGGUCUCCUUUAUCCUCUGGGCCUGCUUCUUCUCUACCAUGGCCGCCGGCAUCCUGCUCCUCUGUUUCUCCCUCCCGGCGACGGACGGUCUCGGCGUCGCCCUCAUCGCCUUCUCGAUUGGCGCCGGUCUGUACGCGUGCUGGGUCACCCGCCGCAUCCCCUUCGCUGGAAAGGUCUUCGCCCUCGCCCUCCGGCCGGCGACCAAGUUCCCAGAUCUCAAUGGUCCGGCCUAUCUCAUGAUGGGCGUAGGCUUCCUUUGGAUCUCGGCUUGGUGCUUUGCAGUGAUCGGAGCGCUCAACUUCUACUAUCCACCGCUGACCAUCCUCCUUUUGGUGCUGAGCCUUGCUUGGACAGCGGAGGUGAUGCGCAAUGUAGCCAAUUUGACAGUGAGUCGGGUUAUUGCCCUGUACUACCUCAGGGGGAUGCAGUCCAAUACUCAGUUCAGCUUCCAGCGAGCCACCACCAUUAAUCUCGGCAGCGCUUGCCUCGGGUCGCUCUUCGUGCCCUCCAUCGAGGCGCUACGCAUCAUUGCCCGCGGCCUCAACUUGCUGGAGGGAGAGGAUGAGUUCUUGUUCUCGUGUGCGCACUGCUGUCUUCGGGUCAUGGAGUCCAUCUUCCGCUACGGCAACAGCUGGGCAUUCGUCCAUAUAGCGGCGUACGGGAGGGGGUUCGUGGCGGCGUCGCAGAGCACAUGGGGGCUGUUCGAGAGGCACAAGAUGGAGGAGCUGGUGGACUCGGACAUCACCAGUGCCGUGUGCUUCUUGACGGGGGUCACCAGCGGCGCCCUCUCCCUCAUCUUCGCUGCUUCCUGGACCUUCUCCUCCCACAAGCACUACACGGCCACCGUCUCCCUCCUCGCCUUCUUCGUGGGCUAUCUCAUGACGAGGAUCGGCAUGGCGUUGCCGCAUGCGUGCGUCGCGUGCUACUUCGUUUGCUACGCCGAGAACCCGAGCCCGAGGCUGUUCGACGACACCAUCCCUGCCCGGCUCAACCAGAUCCGGUCCGACAGUGAGGGGUUCGUGCCGACGCCACGGUUCCCCCGGCGUCACCCUACAACCUAAACGACGGAGGCGGCUCUGCCUUCAAUCGCACUCCACCGCCGCCGGCUCCUCUGCGGUUAGUCGCAGUAAGACUUCAACCGUGGUGGGUGGGC